AUGUCAUUCCAUGUUAGCUCUCAGUUUAAGGACAUUGCUGAUCAGAUCGGUCGUGUUUUACCGUCUUUCAAGAGAAUGGACACCUCUGUAGAUCCAGCGGCAGUAUCACGUGGACGAGGGCGUCCACGCAUGCAUGCCAAUGAUGCUGAACGGCAAAGAAAUCACCGCAUUGCCGAAAUGAGUGUAGUACGGGAAGCACGCCUGAGCGCGAAUGCGCAAAGCCAGCGGAUUCGAAGACUGAAUGAAAGCAGCGCAGAACGUAUUCUUAGACAGCUGGAGGACUCACAUCGUCACCAAUUGCUGCGCCAAAAUGAGAACACCGAGCAGCGUUCUAUUGGGCUCAUGACAAUUUCGCAGCGCCUACAAAAAUUACACUAA